AUGAUUCGAGAAAAUGACUAUGGUGAAAGUUAUGCAAUGAUUAAAGCUAUUUUUAAGCACAAGAGCAACAAUGGUCAUUAUUAUCCAUUUAUUUAUGUUGAUUGGUUUGAAAAUACAUCGAGAGAACACAUAAAAGUAAAUUGUCCACUUUUUAUCCUUAAUCAAAAUACUUCACGUCGCAAAAUUCUUUCUUUAACAAUUGUAAAUGAGAUUCGAAAAGCGCAUUUUGUAUACAAUUGUAAUGCAAGAUGUCAAGUAGUCGGUGGAAUUUCUAGUUCUGUUCUUUUUAUAACUGCAAUUUUAAAAAGCAUUGAACUUACAUUUGUCCCUUUCUUCAUUUUGGCCAAGCUUAUAUUCUCUGGUGGUAAAAUAGUAUCUACAGGGUUAUGCAUUCCAUUUGCAUCUUCUUUUCAGAAAAUUUUUGACAGUGAAAUAUGUGUGAUAGGUAACUUUCACAGUUCUACAUCAAAGGUUGGGUUGACUCAGAACUCUCUUCUGCAA